UCAUCUGUCACGCGCGGUUUGCGCAGCCAAAACCUUCAUUGUGCAGGUUUUUCUUUGGUUGUGCGUUUCCGAGACUCCAAAUUUCCGUUUUGGAUUCGCACCUUUUCAUUAAAGAAGGCGUAUCCCAACAAAACAAAUUCCUUUUCUUGACAUUAGACCAACAUACCACAUCGUAUCGACCCACGAACCGCUGUUGUAUUCGUUUGUAUCGUGGUGAGCUCUAUCAUAUACAGUAUGGCGUUGUUAUGGUAUAUAUGUGUGGCUCUUCUGCUAGCCGGGGUAACUAGUGCUUUGACUGGAAUUCGCCUAAGAGGAGGGAAGCAUCUCUAUGAAGGUCGGAUUGAAGUUGAGCACGAAGGACAGUGGAAAGCAAUAUGUGAUCAUGGAUGGAACAAAAACGCAGCUAGAGUGGUUUGCCGAAUGCUUGGGUACCCAGACAUGCUGCGCUACACAAAGGGAAAAGACAGAUUUGGCCAGAUAACUUACGACUACUGGUUAGACGACAUCUGUUGUCGAGGAGAUGAAGAGUCCAUUGAGCAAUGCGAACACAGGGACUGGGGAGAACACAACUGCCGCAGAUAUAAUCAAGCUGGUGUCGUUUGUAAACUGCAUUUGAGUGAGAGCGUAACUUUUGCGGAGCCGGCAAAAUCCAUGAGUGAGGUUUUGAGCAUGAAAGUCAGGUUACAAGGCCCAAUUGUUGAUGACUACAUAUCAGAAGGUGUCGUCCAAGUAGAGCAUGAGGGAAAGUGGGGUUAUAUUUGUCCUUCUCAAUGGACUCAGCUCAACUCGUACGUACUGUGCGGUCAACUGGGAUUUCCUAACGCUGAGAAACUUGAGUCCCAUACAGAAACCAUCCAAGAUGUGGAGCCCGUCUAUUGGCUUGACCAGGUGACGUGCAAAGGAUGGGAGGCAUCGAUUGUAUCAUGUGACAAUAACCAUGACCUCACACCUAAGCAGUGUGAGGGGGGAGGGGCAGUGAGAAUUGAAUGUACCAGGAGACGAGAAGACAAGCCACUCUCCAUUCGCCUUCGAAGUGGUGCCCAGAUGUCCGAAGGGCGCGUGGAGAUCAAGUACAAACAGUCUUGGGGAACUGUGUGCGAUGAUCACUGGACUCUGAAGGAAGCACAUAUUGUCUGCAGGUCAUUGGGAUUCGGUUCUGCGGCAGCAGCAACAAGGGCGGCGCAUUAUGGCAAGGGUGUGGGAAAGAUUAUGCUCGAUGACGUUCACUGCAAAGGAAGUGAGCGUAGUAUAACUGAGUGUCGUCACCAUGGCUGGUACAAAACAAAUUGUGAUCAUUAUGAAGAUGCAGGCGUCAAGUGCCACGCCCCAGAGCUUCAAGGUCACCAGAUCAGGCUUAGUGGUGGUGGUAACCCUACCGAGGGUCGAGUUGAAGUCUUCCAUGAUGGCAAAUGGGGUACCGUUUGUGCUGAUGGAUGGGGAAUAGAAGAAGCCAUGACAGUUUGCCGACAGUUGAAUCUUGGAUUUGCUAGCAAGGCUGUGGUCGAAGAUAACUUUGGGGGAGAAGUUCUUCAAGUGAUUUUAUCUGGAGUUCAAUGUCGUGUAGACGCGAUAUCUAUUUACAAGUGCGAGCAUGACGAGUUAGAGAAUACCACAUGCAGCAGCAAGGGCAGAGUAGCUGGGGUUGUUUGUGUUGACGCCCUUCCUGAUAUAGUGCCUGACGUGGAACUGCUACGAAAAGACAUAAAGAUGCAGAGUAUUCCAUUGGAAUACUUGAGGUGCCCUCUAGAAGAGAACUGGCUUUCAGAAUCCGCUAAUAAUGUCAGAAAUACAAGAUACCACUCAAGGCGUCUCUUGAGAUUCAGUGUCAAAACUGAAAAUCAAGGAUUGGCAGAUUUCAGACCGAAGUUUCCUAAGUCUGAGUGGCAGUGGCACAAGUGUCAUAAGCAUUAUCACUCUAUGGAGACCUUUACUACUUAUGAUCUCAUCGGUAAAGAAUCAGGAGAAAAAGUUGCUCAAGGCCACAAGGCUAGCUUUUGCCUUGAGGACACAAAGUGUGAUCCCGGAUAUGACAAGAUAUUUAACUGUUCUGAGGAAGGUGGUCAGGGGAUUUCUCCAGGCUGUUACGACAUUUACAACUGGAAAAUUGACUGCCAGUGGGUGGACUGCUCAGAUUUCUCACACGGAACAUUUUAUUUGCGAGUUCAUCUGAACCCUGGCAACCAAGUGGCUGAAUCAGAUUUCAGAAACAACGUGGCGAAGUGUUCUGUGUAUGACUAUGGAAAUUAUAUCGUCACAAGCAAGUGCAGGAUCGAGGAUUGUGACAGUGGUGUGGACACCCAUGGCGGGAAUUCAGCCGGAAAUUGCUGUGUUUUUCCAUUCCUGUACAAACGUAAACUGUACCACGACUGUACAAUGGACGGCUUCACAUUGAAAUGGUGCUCAACCACGUUUGACUUCAAAAAAGAUGGCAAGUGGGGACUGUGCUAUAACUAGGUCAGCCAUGGAGUGGGCAAUCUUUUUCUAUUCUUUGUUAUGAGGCUUUAACGCAUCUGCAAAUCUUCACCAUUUAAUAAACGCUUUCCAAGUUUUCA